AUUUGAGGAGUUCCUGGCCAAAAAGUGGGUUUCAGAGAAGCGGUUCGGAUUGGAAGGUUGUGAGAUGCUCAUCCCUGCCAUGAAAACCAUCAUUGACCGAUCGAGUGAGCUCGGCAUUGAAAGUAUUGUCAUAGGUAUGCCUCAUCGGGGUCGUCUGAAUGUCCUGGCAAAUGUUUGCCGCAAACCUCUUGAACAGAUCUUCACCCAAUUCAGCGGACUGGAGCCUGCCGAUGAGGGCUCUGGGGAUGUGAAGUACCACCUUGGAAUGAGCCACGAGCGUUUGAACCGAGUGUCAAACCGAAACAUCAAGCUUGCUGUUUGUGCCAAUCCUUCGCAUCUGGAAGGUGUGGAUCCAGUGGUCCAAGGCAAGACUCGUGCUGAGCAGUUUUAUCGAGGCGACACUCAAGGCAAGAAGGUGAUGAGCAUCCUUUUACAUGGAGAUGCAGCCUUUGCUGGCCAGGGAGUGGUCUACGAAACCUUCCACUUGAGUGACCUGCCCGACUACUCCACCCAUGGCACCAUCCACAUAGUCGUCAACAACCAGAUUGGCUUCACCACUGAUCCCCGAGUGGCACGUUCGUCUCCCUACUGCACGGAUGUUGCUCGUGUGGUCAAUGCACCCAUCUUUCAUGUGAAUGCUGAUGAUCCUGAAGCUGUCGUGCAUGUGUCUACGGUGGCUGCUGAGUGGCGCAGUCGCUACGGGAAGGAUUGCGUCAUUGACCUGGUGGGCUACCGACGCAAUGGCCACAACGAGGUGGACGAACCCAUGUUCACGCAGCCACUCAUGUAUACCAAAAUCCGCAAGCAGUCAACCCUCCUCGACAUCUACUCUCGCAAGUUACUCGACGAAGGCGUUGUCUCUGAGAAGGAGAUUGAGGAGGAAAAGGAGCGGUACGAAAGCAUCCUGUCAGAGGCCUACAAGAACGCUGAGAAAGAGGACAAGUCCUACAACCGGGACUGGCUUGAUUCACCCUGGAGUGGUUUCUUUGGGGAGCGGGAUCCCAUCAAGUGUGACCCGACGGGUGUGUCUGAAGACGUCCUGCAACACAUAGGCACGGCGUUCAGCUCGCCCCCGCCGGGCAACUUCAAGAUCCACCCAGGCCUGCGGCGUAUCCUCAAGGCACGCGCUGAGAUGGUUGAGCAGAAGACGGUCGACUGGGCCCUGGGCGAAGCCAUGGCCUUUGGCUCCCUGCUCAAGGAAGGCAUCCAUGUGCGCCUCAGCGGGCAGGAUGUUGAACGGGGCACGUUCAGUCACCGGCAUCAUGUGCUGCACAACCAGACGAUCGACAAGACGACCUACCGACCCCUGUGUCACCUUUGGCCAGACCAGGCACCCUACACCGUCUGCAACAGCUCCCUAUCCGAGUAUGGCGUACUUGGCUUUGAGCUGGGAUUCUCGAUGACCAACCCCAAUGCGCUGGUAAUGUGGGAGGCCCAAUUUGGGGACUUCAUGAACACAGCCCAGUGCAUCAUCGACCAGUUCAUCAGCAGCGGACAGGCCAAGUGGGUCCGGCAGAGUGGCCUCGUCAUGCUUCUGCCUCAUGGCAUGGAGGGCAUGGGUCCUGAGCACUCAAGUGGCAGGCCUGAACGUUUCCUCCAGCUCUGCAGUGAAGAAUCUGACGUCUUUCCGACCAUUGAUGAGGACUUUCCCACACGUCAGCUGAACGAAAUCAACAUGAUUGUUGCCAACUGCACGACGCCUGCCAACUACUUCCAUGUGUUGCGGAGGCAGAUUGCCUUACCCUUCAGGAAACCAGUGAGUAUUGGCAUUGCAGUCAUUCUUUUUUCUUUCAGCGGACUGGUUUCACUGUGCUCUCAAUGGAUGCAUGUGGUUCCUGCCGGGCAACACGUCAUCCUCUCCAUUGCUGGGCUUAGACCCUAGGAAACCCCCAAAUGA